GGGGCUGCGUGUCCGGCGUCCGGGCAGAUAUAGUCGGAGUCGCCCGGCAGCCGGUGAACCGAGCGGUCUCGAGGGAGGGAGCGGGAGGUCAGGCGCUGGAGGAAGGACCGCGGGGGGGCGGCUGCCGUGUCCACCGCUGCUGAGGAAAAUGGUGUUCGAGUCGGUGGUCGUGGACGUGUUGAACCGGUUCUUGGGGGACUAUGUGGUGAACCUGGACACGUCCCAGCUCACCCUGGGCAUCUGGGGAGGAGCUGUGGCCUUGAAGAAUCUUGAAAUUAAAGAAAACGCUCUGAGUCAACUGGAUGUACCAUUUAAAGUUAAAGUUGGUCAUAUAGGUAAUCUUAAUCUUAUAAUUCCGUGGAAAAACCUGUAUACUCAACCAGUUGAAGCUGUCCUGGGAGACAUUUAUUUACUCAUAGUGCCUUCUUCUAAAAUAAAAUAUGAUCCUUUAAAAGAAGAAAAACAACUCUUGGAAGCAAAACAACAUGAACUUAAACGAAUAGAAGAAGCAAAACAAAAAGUAGCUGAUCAAGAAAAACUUCGGGUGGAGAAACAGGACACUUUUACGGAAAAAUUAAUUACUCAGAUCAUAAAAAAUCUUCAAGUCAAAAUUUCCAACAUCCAUAUUCGUUAUGAGGAUGAUAUCACAAAUCGAGACAACCCACUGUCAUUUGGUAUUUCCCUUCAAAAUCUCAGCAUGCAGACAACUGAUCAAAACUGGGUUCCAUGUUUACAUGAUGAAACUGAGAAACUAUUUUGUAAGUUAAUCCGAUUGGAUAACCUUUUUGCCUAUUGGAAUGUGAAAUCUCAGUUGUUUUACCUUAAUGAUUAUGAUGAAUCAUUGGACAGCUUGAAGAAGGGCAUUGUCAAUGGAAAUAUUGUUCCGAAAGGUUAUGAUUUUGUUUUUCGCCCCAUAUCUGCUAAUGCCAAACUUCAGAUGAAUCGGCGAUCAGAUUUUGACUUUUCUGCCCCCAAGAUAAACCUGGAUGUUGAGUUACAUGACAUAGCAAUUGAACUUAAUAAACCACAGUAUUUCAGUGUUAUGGAGCUUCUUGAAUCAGUUGAUAUGAUGACGCAAAAUCUGCCAUAUAGGAAAUUCAGACCUGAUGUACCUCUUCACUAUCAUGCCAGAGACUGGUGGGCUUAUGCUAUACACGGUAUUCUUGAAGUAAAUGUCUGCCCCCGGUUACGGAUGUGGUCAUGGAAGCAUAUUAGAGAACACAGGCAAAAAAUGAAGCAGUAUAAAGAACUGUAUAAAAAAAAGAUAACAACUAAGAAGCCAACUGGUGAAAUUCUCAUGUCUUUGGAGGAGUUGGAAAAGACCUUGGAUGUAUUUAAUAUAACUAUAUCAAGACAACAGGCAGAAGUUGAGGUAAAGAAAGCUGGAUAUAGGAUUUUCAGAGAAGGAGCAAAAGAUUCAGAGGAAAAUAAAGGAUGGUUUAGCUGGCUGUGGACUUGGUCAGAACCAAGAAGUAAAGAACAACCAGAUGUUAAGCCUGGAAUUCUUGAAGAAAUGUUGACCUCUGAAGAAAAAACUUUACUCUAUGAAGCAAUUGGCUAUAGUGAAACAGCAGUUGAUCCAACCUUGCCAAAAACAUUUGAAGCCAUGAAGUUCUUUGUUCACUUGAAAAGUAUGUCUAUUGUUCUAAGGGAAAAACGAGAGACACCUGAGCUGUUAGAUAUUGUAGUGGAAGAAUUUAGCACUUUGAUUGUGCAAAGACCAGGAGCACAAGCCAUUAAAUUUGAAACCAAAAUUGAUUCAUUUCAUGUUACUGGCUUACCAGAUAAUUCAACAAAACCCCGCCUCCUUUCUUCAUUGGAUGAUGCUACGUCACUCUUCCAAAUUAUAUUUGAGAUAAAUCCAUUAGAUGAAACUGUUGCUCAAAGAUGUAUCAUAGAAGCUGAACCUUUAGAAAUGAUAUAUGAUGCAAGAACAGUGAAUAGUAUAGUGGAAUUCUUCAGACCUCCAAAAGAGGUAAAUCUAGCACAGCUCACGUCAGCGACUUUGACAAAACUUGAAGAAUUUCGUGACAAGACAGCAACAGGUCUACUGUAUAUUAUUGAAACACAGAAAGUUCUUGAUCUCAAAAUUAAUUUGAAGGCUUCAUAUGUUAUUAUCCCACAAGGUGGAAUUUUUAGCCCUACAUCAAAUCUACUACUUUUGGAUCUUGGUCAUCUAAAGGUGACAAGUAAAAGUCGUUCAGAAUUGCCAGAUAUGAAACCAGCUGGGGCCAGACUUGAAGAGAUCAUGCAUAGAGCUUAUGAUUCCUUUGAUGUUCAGCUUACAAGCAUACAGCUGCUUUACAGCACAGUUGGCGAUGAUUGGAGAGAAGCACGAAAACUCAGUGUAUCUACACAGCAUAUUUUGGUACCUAUGCACUUCAAUGUGGAGCUCUCUAAGGCCAUGGUUUUCAUGGAUAUAAGGAUGCCCAAAGACAGCGAGAGAGGGAACAGAAGCAGAGGCAGAAUUCAAAGGUCCACUUCUUUGGGAACAUCACAGAUUUCACAGAAAAUGCUUCCUUUCUUGGAACUUCCAUGUGUUGAUGAUGAUUCAGAGGAAGAAUUUUUUGAUGCACCAUGUAGUCCCUUGGACGAACCUCUUCAAUCUCCUACUGAAAUUCAAAGUUACCAAAAAAAAUUUCAAAAGCCAGAUUGUUCAAAAAAUAUGAUUCAGUAUAAAAUAAGAUUUGAAGUGCCAGAGGUUUUGAUUCAGUUUUAUCACCUUGUUGGAGAUUUUGAACUACCUGUGGUAGAAGUUGAUGUUUUAGGAUUGGGCACAGAUGUUGAACUUAGAACAUUUGAUUUGAAAGCAAAUGCCUUUUUGAAAGAGUUCUGCCUAAAAUGCCCAGAACACACUGAUGCAAACAAGAAACCAAUUUAUUUGAUUACAACACUGGAUAAUACGAUGGAAGAUCUGCUAACAUUGGAAUAUGUGAAGGCUGAAAAGAAUCUACCCAACUUGAAAAGUACUUAUAACAAUGCUGUGCAACUGAUUAAGGUGAAUUUUUCCUCUUUGGAUAUUCAUUUACAUACUGAAGCACUUCUGAAUACAAUAAAUUAUUUUAGUAAUAUAAUUCCACAAUUGGAAGAAAAACCAGCCACAGUGUCUGUUGCAGAGACUGAAGACAAAGGAGAGGUCGUUAAAAAAAUGCCUUUAAAACUAUCCAAGAACGAAGAUGUUAUUACCUUGCAGAUUUUAGCAGAAUUAUCUUGUUUACAGAUCUUUAUUCAAGAUCAGAAACGUAACAUUGCUGAAAUUAAGAUCGAAGGGCUUGAUUCUGAGAUCAUUAUGAGGCCUGCUGCAACUGAAAUAAAUGCAAAGCUAAGGAAUAUAAUUGUUUUGGAUUCUGAUAAGACAGCUGUAUACAAAAAGGCUGUUUACAUCACUGGAAAAGAAGUUUUUAGCUUCAAAGUGAUUUCUUUUGUGGAUGCAACUGCUGGUUCUGCAUACACAGAUAUGAAUGUGGUUGACAUUCAAAUUAAUUUAACUGUUGGUUGCAUUGAAGUGGUUUUUGUCACAAAAUUUCUUUAUUCUAUAUUGGCUUUUAUAGAUAAUUUUCAAGCGGCUAAACAAGCCUUGGCUGAGGCUACUGUUCAGGCAGCAGGAAUGGCUGCUACUGGUGUAAAAGAAUUGGCACAGAGGAGUUCUAGAAUGGCGUUGGAUGUUAACAUCAAAGCCCCAGUGGUGGUCAUCCCACAGUCUCCAGUUUCUGAAAAUGUUUUUGUUGCUGAUUUUGGACUAAUUACAAUGACAAACACAUUCCAUAUAAUAACAGAGAGCCAGAGCAACCCCCCGCCCGUUAUUGAUUUGAUAACAAUAAGGUUGAGUGAAAUGCGACUCUACAGGACUCAAUUUAUUGAUGAUGCAUACCAGGAAGUACUAGAUCUGCUAUUGCCAUUAAAUCUUGAGGUGAUUGUUGAGCGAAAUUUAUCUUGGGAGUGGUACCAGGAAGUUCCUUGUUUUAAUGUAAAUGCUCAGCUAAAGCCCAUGGAGUUCAUUCUUAGUCAAGAAGAUAUAACAACUAUUUUUAAAACAUUAUAUAGCAAUAUAUGGUACGAAGAAGGUGGUGGUGCCUCAUCUGCAGGAGUAAAAGAUCAGAGUAGUAUUAAUAGUGGAGCUACUAAUGCUUCACACCAUUUAGAAGGAACGACUGUAGUGACUGCUGCCGUGGUGGAAGUACAUUCACAGGCCUCUCGAGUUAAGACAACAUUGAAUAUGAGCUUCAGGACCGACUAUCUCACCAUGGUACUGUAUAGUCCAGGUCCUGAACAGACUUCCUUUACAGAUGUUCGUGAUCCUUCUCUGAAACUUGCUGAAUUUAAGUUGGAGAAUAUCAUAAGCACGGCAAAAAUGUAUACAGAUGACUCAACAUUUUCUUCCUUUUCAUUAAAAAACUGUAUUUUAGAUGAUAAAAGGCCCCAUGUCAAGAAGGCAACUCCUAGAAUGAUAGGACUGACAGUCGGGUUUGACAAAAAGGACAUGAUGGAUGUAAAGUAUAGAAGAGUCAGAGAUGGUUGGGUGACUGAUUUAGUCCUUCAAGAAACUUAUAUUUGUGCAAGUGUGGAAUUUCUGCUGACAGUUGCAAAUGUCUUUCUUGAGGCCUACACCACAGGCACUGCUGUAGAAACCAGUGUUCAAACAUGGACUGCUAAGGAAGAAGUAUCUGUACAGGAAUCAGAGAAGUGGGAAAUUAAUAUUAUUAUUAAAAAUCCUGAAAUUGUGUUUGUGGCUGAUAUGACAAGAAGUGAUGCUCCUGCAUUAGUCAUUACAACACAAUGUGAAAUUUGUUGGAAAGGUGACCUUGAGAAUAAUACAAUGACUGCUGCCAUUAAAGAUCUUCAAGUGAGAGCAUGCCCAUUUCUUCCAGUCAAGAGAAAAGGCAAAAUCACGACUGUUUUGCAGCCCUGUGACUUGUUCUAUCAAGCUACUCAAAUAGGUACAGAUCCACAAGUGAUUGAUAUAUCAAUAAAGUCCCUCACACUAAAGGUUUCACCGGUUAUCAUAAAUACUGUGAUUACCAUAACAUCAGCACUUUAUACAUCCAAGGAUACCAUCCCACAAGAAACUACUUCUUCUACAGUACACUUAUGGGAAAAGAAGGAUACAAAGAAUUUAAAAAUGUGGUUUCUUGAAGAGCCAAAUGAAGUUGAAAACAAAGCUCCCACAACUGAAUUGAUACUCAAAGGAGAGAUGAUGAGAGUGAACAUUGACUCUAUUUUUAUAGUUCUUGAGGCUGGAAUUGGUCCUAGAACAGUGCCUAUGCUGUUGGCCAAGUCACGUUUUUCAGGGGAGGGCAAAAACUGGAGUUCUUUGAUAAAUCUCUACUGUCAGCUUGAACUAGAAGUGCAUUAUUACAAUGAAAUGUUUGGUGUAUGGGAGCCUUUGCUUGAACCCUUAGAAAUUGAUCAGACUGAGGAUUUUAGACCAUGGAAUCUUGGAAUCAAGAUGAAAAAGAAAGCAAAAAAGGCCAUUGUUGAGUCAGAUACUGAAGAAGAAAAUUACAAAGUGCCAGAAUAUAAAACUGUUAUCAGUUUCCAUUCAAAAGACCAACUAAACAUUACAUUAUCCAAAUGUGGCCUUGUAAUGUUAAAUAAUUUAGUCAAGGCAUUUACAGAAGCUGCCACUGGAGCUUCAACUGUCUUCAUACGGGAUCUAGCGCCAUUUAUGAUUUUAAAUUCUCUUGGACUUACUGUCUCUGUUUCACCAAGUGAUUCUUUUAGUGUACUUAACGUUCCAUUGGCAAAAUCAUAUGUAUUGAAAAAUGAGGAGAGUUUAAGUAUGGACUAUGUGGGAACCAAAGACAAUGAUCAUUUCAAUGCAAUGACCAGCCUAAGCAGUAAACUCUUCUUCAUUCUUCUCACACCUGCUAACCACUCUACUGCUGAUAAAAUCCCUUUAACAAAAGUGGGACGACGACUGUACACUGUAAGACACAGAGCGUCUGGGGUUGAAAGAUCGAUUGUUUGUCAAGUUGAUGGAGUGGAAGGAAGUAAGAAGAUAACAAUUCGCUCCCCAGUGCAGAUUAAAAAUCAUUUUUCAAUCCCACUUUGUGUUUAUGAAGGGAACACUUUAUUGGGAACGGCUUCACCUGGAAGUGAAUUCAACAUACCAUUAACAUCUUACCGAUCACCCCUUUCUCUGAAGCCAGAAGAUGAGGACUAUCAAGCGUGUGAAAGAAUUGACUUUGAAGAAAUUAUAAAAAAUGAUGGCACUUUUCUAAAGAAGAAAUGUAAAUCUAAAAACACUGCUAAGAAACCAUUUAACAUUCAUGUUGUCCCGGAAAAAGAUAAUUUGUCUUCUCUGUCAGUGUAUUCAGAAGAUUGUUGGGACUUACCAUACAUAAUGCAUUUGUGGCCACCUAUCCUGCUCCGAAAUCUUCUUCCUUAUAAAAUUGCUUAUUAUAUAGAGGGGAAUGAACAUAAAGUUUAUACUCUAAAUGAAGGACAUUCAGCCCACAUUUGUACUGUGCAUUUGGAAAAAGCCAGACUACAUUUAAAAUUACUUGACUAUCUUAAUCAUGAUUGGAAAAGUGAAUAUCAUAUAAAACCUAAUCAGCAAGAUAUUAGUUUCAUCAAUUUUACCUGUGUUACAGAAAUAGAAAAGACUGAUUUAGAUAUUGCUAUCCAUGUGACUUAUAAUAUUGGCCAGACAGUUGUGGCAUUUCAUAGUCCUUAUUGGAUGGUCAAUAAAACCAGUCGAAUGUUACAGUAUAAAGCAGAUGGAAUUCAUCGAAAGCAUCCACCUAAUUAUAAAAAGCCAGUUCUGUUUUCUUUUCAACCAAAGCACUUUUUUAAUAAUAAUAAGGUUCAGCUUAUGAUAACUGAUAGUGAAUUGUCGGAUCAGUUUUCAAUUGAUACUGUUGGUAGUCAUGGAGCUGUUAAAUGUAAAGGCCUGAAAAUGGACUAUCAAGUUGGUGUCACUAUAGACCUCAGCAGUUUUAACAUUACCAGAAUUGUGACAUUUACUCCUUUUUAUAUGAUCGAAAACAAAAGCAAAUAUCAUAUAUCAGUGGCCGAACAGGGAAAUGAUAAAUGGCUCUCUCUUGAUUUGGAGCAGUGUAUCCCCUUUUGGCCCGAGGAUGCUUCUAAUGCACUUCUUAUUCAAGUUGAAAGAAAUCAAGGCCCUCCCAAAAAGAUACAUUUUAACAAGCAAGCAAAUUGUAUUUUAUUGCGUCUGGAUAAUGAGCUUGGAGGUAUUAUAGCAGAAGUUAAUUUGGCUGAGCAUUCUACAGUUAUUACAUUUUCAGAUUAUCAUGAUGGAGCAGCUCCAUUCCUAUUAAUAAAUCACACCAAGAGUGAUAUUGUUCAGUAUAAUCAAAGUUCUCUCAGUGAAAUAGAAGAUUCCCUCCCUCCUGGAAAAGCAGUAUUUUAUACAUGGGCUGAUCCAGUGGGCUCUAGAAAGCUGAAGUGGAGAUGUGGAAAAAGCCAUGGUGAAGUAACACAAAAGGAUGAUAUGAUGACACCUAUAAAUUUGGGGAAAAAGACCAUUUAUUUAGUUUCAUUCUUUGAAGGCUUACAACGCAUUAUUUUAUUCACUGAAGAUCCAAGGGUAUUUAAAGCAACAUAUGAAAGUGAGAAAGCAGAGUUAGCAGAGCAAGAAAUUGUGUUGGCCUUACAAGAUGUUGGAAUUUCUCUCGUCAACAACUACACAAAGCAAGAAGUAGCCUAUAUUGGCAUUACAAGUUCUGAUGUGGUUUGGGAGACAAAGCCCAAGAAGAAGGCAAGAUGGAAGCCAAUGAGUGUAAAGCACACUGAGAAGUUAGAGAAAGAAUUUAAGGAAUAUACUGAAUCUUCACCUUCAGAAGAUAAGGUUGUUGAAUUGGACACUAACAUUCCGGUUCGCUUCACACCUAGUGGUACUAACAUGAAAAUUCUGCAGCCACAUGUAAUAGCUAUAAGAAGAAAUUAUCUUCCAGCAUUGAAAGUAGAAUAUAGCACAUCCGCACAUCAGUCAUCAUUUAGAAUUCAAGUUUACAGAAUACAGAUCCAAAACCAGAUACAUGGUGCUAUAUUUCCAUUUGUGUUUUAUCCAAUUAAACCUCCCAAGUCGGUCACCAUGGAUUCAGCUCCAAAGCCCUUUACAGAUGUCAGUAUUGUCAUGAGAUCUGCAGGACAUUCCCAGAUAUCACGUAUUAAGUAUUUCAAGGUGUUGAUCCAAGAAAUGGACCUCAGGUUAGAUCUUGGGUUUGUCUAUGCUUUAGCAGAACUUAUGACAGAAGCCGAAGUGACUGAAAAAACCGAGAUUGAACUUUUUCAUAAAGAUAUAGAAGCUUUCCAAGAAGAAUAUAAAACAGCUUCAUUAGCAGAUUCAUCACAAGUCAGUCUCUAUGAAUACUUCCAUAUAUCUCCUAUCAAGUUGCAUUUAAGUGUUUCACUGAAUUCGGGCAGAGAAGAAGCUAAAGAUUCAGAACAACAGGAAGGACUGAUGGCCGUUCGUUCUUUAAAUCUUUUGCUGAAGAGUAUUGGUGCCACCCUUACAGAUGUACAAGAUGUAGUUUUUAAGCUUGCAUUUUUUGAACUGAACUAUCAGUUCCAUACAGCAUCUGAACUACAGUCUGAAGUAAUAAGACACUAUUCGAAACAGGCCAUUAAGCAAAUGUAUGUACUCAUUCUUGGACUUGAAGUUUUGGGAAAUCCCUUUGGCUUGAUUAGAGAAUUUUCUGAAGGUGUGGAAGCAUUUUUUUAUGAACCUUACCAGGGAGCCAUCCAGGGUCCCGAAGAGUUUGUGGAGGGGAUGGCAUUAGGACUGAAGGCACUAGUUGGUGGAGCUGUUGGUGGAUUAGCUGGUGCUGCCUCCAAAAUCACCAGUGCUAUGGCUAAGGGGGUGGCAGCCAUGACUCUGGAUGAAGACUAUCAACAGAAGAGAAGAGAGGCCAUGAAUAAGCAACCAGCUGGUCUCAGAGAAGGCAUCACUCGUGGAGGAAAAGGCUUAGUGUCUGGUUUUGUAAGUGGCAUAACAGGAAUUGUUACAAAACCAAUCAAAGGAGCUCAAAAAGAAGGAGCAGCUGGUUUCUUUAAAGGUGUUGGGAAAGGUUUAGUUGGAGCAGUGGCAAGGCCAACGGGAGGCAUCAUAGACAUGGCCAGCAGUACAUUUCAGGGAAUAAAAAGAGCUACAGAGACUUCUGAUGAAGUGGAGAGCCUGCGACCGCCUCGAUUCUUUAAUGAGGAUGGAGUUAUCAGACCUUACAGGUUGAGGGAUGGGACUGGAAACCAGAUGUUACAGGUCAUGGAAAAUGGGAGAUUUGCAAAAUACAAGUAUUUUACCCAUGUCAUGAUCAAUAAAACAGAUAUGUUAAUGAUAACUAAAAGUGGUGUAUUGUUUGUAACAAAAGGAACAUUUGGACAGCUCACAUGUGAGUGGCAGUACAGUUUUGAUGAGUUUACCAAAGAGCCAUUCAUUGUUCACGGGAGGAGAUUACGCAUUGAAGCAAAGGAACGGGUGAAGUCUGUGUUUCAUGCCAAAGAGUUUGGAAAAAUAAUUAACUUCAAGACCCCAGAGGAUGCUAGGUGGAUCCUCACAAAACUAGAAGAAGCAAGAGAACCUUCCCCGAGAUUCUGAUGGAGAAUACUGCCUGAAGAGACACAGCAAUAAAUCAUUAGAGUUUCAACCUUGUACCUUCCAAAACCAGUUUGGGAAGUAUAGUACAAAAGUAAUUUCAAGUACUAAAGAAAAAAAAAAACCAAAAAAUUGGUUGCAAUCAGGUAAAACAAUUAUGUGAUUAAAAUAUUUCAACUCAUUGGGGAUCCAUUUGGUUUUCUAAUUUGAAUCAUGCAUCUGGUUAAAAUUCUAAUUACUUUAUAAAGGAAACAUUUCUUUUAUGAAUCUUAAAUAUUUGCUCCAAGUGGUUCUCUGCAAUAUGGAGAAAUUACCCAUAUUGUGCACCCCUCAUGGAGCUAAGUUUAAUGUUUCUCAUUUGUAUUUUAAACUUAUAUCAUGCUUACUUCAGACUCCCUGAAUCAGUGACAGGUAAUUGAUCAAAUCAAACAUAACCUCAGUGGUAUCAGGAGAACCUUAGUGGUGGUUUCUUUAGAAACGUGAAGUUCUUUUUACAGAUAAAUAUUUUGGUAUUAUUUUCCUUAUUUUUUUAUAAAGGAUAGGUUUGAAUUAUACUUCCAUAGCAUGACUAUGAAAACCGACCUUUUUUAAUAUAAUAUAAUACAAUACAGAUUGAAUAAUACCCCUUCAAGCCUCAUCUUAUCUUAAGAAAGGCUGGAAGAAAUGAGUGUUAUACCCAAAAAGGAAAAGCCCCUUUCAGAACUUUGAAGCCUUAGAAAUACUUCCUCAAGCCAACUUCAUGGGAUCUACUUGGUUUACCCAGGUCACGUUUUUAACAGAUUGCUGACUUUAAUGGAAAAUCCCUGAAGCCUUAACAAUACCAACUUUCCAUUCACUGAUUAUAUGAAAUAAACGUAAUUCCCACCAUCUUAGAUACAAGUUAAGCUUCAGAACAGACAGCCCUUCUUGUAAGUAAAUGUCUGUACCCUAAAGUGUCUGUUGGCAGAAGAUUGGGAAUUGCUGCUGUGUUUUCUCUACAGUUAUUCAAAUGACAGUCACUUUUAAAAGCUCAUCAGGACAAAAAUCAUGGGCUGCGCAUUAGUAAAAAAUAAGGUCAUGGGGUUUUUUUUCUUGGUUUUUGUCCAAGAUCCUUGUACUUUAAUAUUAAUGGACUUUUUCAAGUGAAAGGGGAUGAAUAUACGAUUGUGAACCAUGAAGAGAAUAAUGCAGUGUCUUACUUAGUUAUUGAAUAAUACAGAGUAUUUGAUGCAUGUCGUAUGUGCCAUGAAAUUAUUAUAAACUGUUUCUGGGAUUGGAGACUCUGUAUAGUCAGUCAUUGUGAAAUUCUUCUCAGGGUCCUCAAACCCUUGCUUUGUUGUAAAAGCUAAAAUAAACAGCAUGCCAGACUGUAAUUUUAUUUCUUCCUGACUGAAUCCUACUACUGAUUUUCCUUUGAUUAUAAAAACACAUUGUUUAUUAUCAGUAGUUUCCCCCAGAAUGUUUUUUUCUUUGCUGAACAUAAAUUGAAUCAAAAGAUGACAAAUUUCAUACCCCAUGGUAGUGCGUGCUCCCAUGAUGACUUUUGUUCAGAGCAACAUCGACAUUUUCUCUAUUGCUCAGCUCCUCCAAUUUUACACACAUUAGAAUUAAAACUAAGAGUAGUGGCCAGAAAACUUUCAUCAGAUUGUCCCCAUUUGAAAUGUUGCUUUACUGGAGUUCCAUCCAGUGCCAUUAACCAAGUACCUCUUUACCUACUACAGUUUCAUGAUUUCAUUCUCCAAAAAAAUAUAGACCCCUAACUUCUUGGGUGUUCCAUGGUAAAGGGGAAAAGCCUAAAAGAGUAAGCAAAGAUUUUUCAAGUAUCCUCUGGAGAGCAACAGGGAGCAGGUAUAGUAACUGGUACAUAUGCAAAGCCAGCCUGCCUGUUGGUUCCUGUUGUUCACUUACCAGUGAGGACCUAGAAAUAUCUUUUCUUAUUUUUGAGUAGUGGUCUGCCCAUCAACACCUCUGUCACUUCCUUUGUUUCUAUAGUUGGAAGACCCACAAGUCCAAGGGCAGUCAUUUAUCAAUUGUCUUAGAAGAUUGUCUUAUCUAAAUAAGGAACAUCAGUAGAUAACUAGAUAAUGAGUCUUUUUAGCAUAACAUUUUAUAAUUAUGUGUUUGAUUCUAUAUUCUUUUUUCUUGAACAUUACAGAGUCCAUAAUCUUACUGUGUUUGAAAAUAAUCUUUCCUGAAUUCUGUUUAACAUUUAAUGGCUGAGAGCUUUAAGCUUCUCACGGUCGGUUGGUAGCUGUUAUGGAAUGAGAUCCCGGGUAUUGUGUCCCUUCCCUGUGUUGUUAGCUGUAGCCCCAGCCCCUUAUUUCUAGCCCAGCAUCUAUUCUGGCCCGUGAUGAUUGCAUAAAGCCCAGCACAGAGUAUCUGUUCCCUGCCAACUCUCCUCCGAAAAACUGUGAUCAUUAGAAAUAGCAACUUUGAUUUCUGGUACAAUGAGAAGCCUGUGAUUUCUUCACAUUUACAAAACACUGUCUGAACCCAAGAGCGUGUGCACUUCUCCAUUGCCUUCCCUCUUACUGUGUAUGUAUUGGCUGCUUUUUCCCUAGUGUUACAAAAGCUUGGGAUUUUCCCCAGGUUCAGUUUAAUACAGACAAGUUAUUUUCUGGUCCCUAAAUAAUCAUUAGCUGCUGUAGGCAGUCCUUCCCUGAUCCACCCUCCUCCACAAUCCUAACCCAUGACAAAACUAUCCUGUGGCCUCCAAAUAAAUAAGAAUUUCUUCUUAUAUUAUUUCCAUCAUAAUUAUCUUGUUUUUUUAUGAUGGUAAUAACAGUAAAUUUUCCCAGUGAAUAUAUGUGCAUCUGGCUUAUCUCUUAGAAAUAUCAUAGUAUUUUAUUCCUGUCUGAUAAAAAAAAAAAAUAGUGCUGUAUUUUCUGAAUUUUCAGUCAUCACUUGCCAGUGUUAAGUGAUCCUUCAGGCCAGGCCAAGUCCCCUGUAUUAAAAAGGUUGGGACAGGAGAUGCUAGGCUAGUUUGCCCAUAGGAGUUGAAACUGGGUGCCAAAUACACUGCAGAUAGAAGUAGUCGUUUGGAACUGGAUGUUUUCCUGUUCCUGCCAACACAAUUGAGAGAAAUUUGUUUGGGUUCCAAAGCCAUUGCUUUUUACCUUUUCUCAAGAUAAUCAAAAUCCUCAAGGACAGUGUUUUUUAAACUGUAGGUCUUAACCCAUUAUUGGGGCCAUAAAACCAAUUUCACAGCUCAAGGCCAGCAUAUUUUAAAAGUGGAAUAGAAAUUAAAAUAAGAGAACAUUGCAUGUAACAAGGUUAAAUACUGUUUCCUGAGAUGUUUACUAAAUAGUUUAUAUACUGUGUGUACUGAGUCAUAAUAUAAAACGUUAUUUCCUAUUGUGAAUUGCAGUUAAAAAACAAAACAAAACAAAAACAAAAAACCUUGAGAACCACUGCUGUGGGAGGCACGGGCCAAACACUGAUUGUUGGAACAAUCUGGAUUGUGUGGAGCGUGACCUUAGAUAAGGAGGAGCAGAUUCACAACUCAGGGAUAUCUUCAGAUUGUGAGCAUCAUCUUUUUCUUUUGAGUGAGAAGAUAGGAUGGCUGUUGUUUUGCUUUUUAUAAGAUGUUUUCCUUUCCUGAUGUGUAUCAGAUGCCCUCAGGUACCAGAAAAAGCAUAGAAAAGUUAGAUCUGCAAACAGCACCCAAAAAAGUCCACAGGCUUUUAACUAGAGAUUCUUAACUAGAGAUAUUUCAACCUCUCUCCCACUAAGCAUUUUACUAGGAUUGGAGACAGAAGUUCUCUCCUUUUAUGAAUUUGCUCUGUCCACCUUCGGUGUGAUUCACUGUAAAGUGGUAAAGGCCCUUAAAAAUGGGGAGCUUAGAUACAGGUCACACUUUUUUAGGGGUCAAAGAACUCGUUCUCUGGAGGGUGCUAUACAAAUGUUGGUGCAGUUGAUGUGAAAUAAUUGGAUUUCCUCAUUUCUGUAGAUUUCUGGUAGAAAUAACCUGCAGUCCUUAUUCAAGGUUCAGGACAAAAUUCAUUCAAUCUGACUUUCUUUGGUGCUAUUACCCAGUAUCGCCUGUAGCUCCUUCAUGUGCCUUAAAAGAAGGCCAUUCACCCAGUGCUUUGAAAUAUACUUUUGAAAUUACACCUGACUGCUAAUGCUGACCAAUCAAGUUAGUAUUAAACAGUUAUAACUUUUAUGGUUCGUUGACUCUCUGGUUUUGGUCAUUGGCUAAUACAGCUAUUAAUGCAGACCUUCGCUCAUGCUGCUCUUCUUUCUGCCAUGAUUGGUGUAAAGGAAUACUGUUUCAGGGUUAUUCUGCAAGCAGGCCACCACACGGGCUGAGGAGAUGUGGGAUCCUACUCUAUCCACACCUCCUUCACAUUUCUUUAAUUGAAACCUUCUCUACUUUAUUUCCUGUUUUGUAAAAUAAGUUGUGCCAUGUCAUUUAAAAAAAAAAAAAAGUUUUACUUUAAAAGUAUGAUUUUUUUAAAGCAUAAUAGCAUUUUCCAAAAAAAAAAAAAGUUGAUACUUUUGGUUACCCAAAGAGCUAUACAUAACAAAUGUUAAACUUCAAAUUUUAUAGUUUGAUAUGUGUGUAAAUUUUUUAUUAUACAAUACAAAUGAAUAUGUAUUAUAGUUUAAUACCCACUAUGAUGUGAUCUAUCGAUCUGAAAACCCUGUCACUGAACACUCAUUAAGUAUUGCUCUGAUACCUAAAUAAUGGGUCCUUUUUAGUGAGGUCCUGUAACAAGAAAUCCUGUGAGAGUUCCACAAUAAAAAGUAACAAUCAGAAGUGUACUUAGAACAUGUUGGAAAGCCCCGCAUCCCUUAUUAGGCCAUCAUACUGUUGGUGUUCCAUUGGCUACCCAAAAGUUCUCUAGGGGCUGAAAAGCACUCAAAAAUGUAGAUUACAUUGAAAUGUUCUCGAUAUCAGUAAUUUUAUACACAAACUAUUAGAAAUCGGCCCUGGGGCUUGUUUCAAGUUCGGGUAAAUUGUUAUAGACUUCUUAAAAAAUGAUGAUCUCUGUAUGUGAAUAUGUGUAUGACAAAUGAAAAUGGAUUUUUCAGGGAAUGUGCACUUUAAAAAUACUUCUUUACUGAUUUUUCUAUUGACCAAAUAGUCUGUGCUUCUUUGGGAUGCUAACUAUUCUUUGGUAAAAGUAUGGUUAUUGAUGAUGUUAAUUAAUUUUUAAAAUAUCUAUUUCUGCAUCGCUGCAGUAUUUCCUUCACUUUUGUGUUCCUUUUACCCCUUAUGUGGGCUCCUGACCCAGUUGCCUGUUACAGUCUAUGCCUUUUUUUUUUAUGUUGAUAACUUAUAAACACCAACAUUUAUAUAAAGUGAAGUUCUUCCCCUUGAA